UUUUAAAUUUACACCAACACCUAAAUAUAAAAAUGAUUCUUAUGAUCAAAUAAAAGAUGUGGAUGAUUUUCAUAGAUCACUUAGGCUUAAAGAAGUUUUUUAAUAAUAGUGAUCAUAAUAAUACAAACAAUUCUAUUGUAAAAAAUCAAACGUCAUUUUAUCCACCUAAACAUAGAAAUAAUACACUAGACCAUUAUAUAAAUGUUACUCGAACACUUUGCCUUCAACAUUCUCAAAUGGAAAAUGACACUAAACAUAACAUAUCAUUAAAAGAAAGAAAAGCUAUAGAUUUAUUAGCAGAAGACAAAUCCAUAACUAUUAAAGAAGCAGAUAAGGGUGGCGGAAUUGUUAUAAUGAAUACAGACUUUUAUAGAAGAAAAUUAUUAGCAAUGUUAAAUGACGUUGAAUAUUAUAAACAAAUCCCUGAUAAUGGUAGUCAAAUAACACUUUCAAAAAUACGCAAUUUACUAAAGGAAAAUAAUAAACUAACUCAACAGGAAAAUGAUUUCUUAGUAAAAUUCGAAUGGAAAACAAGCCUAUUUUAUGGUCUUCCAAAAAUUCAUAAAAGUAAAAUCAUUCAGGAUGCAAUUAAACAUAGCAAUUCAGAAUAUAUAGAGUUAAUGGAUCCAGACGAUUUAAACUUUCGCCCAAUAGUCGCUGGAACUAUCUGUGAAACAAGUCGUUUAAGUUCUUUAUUGGAUAUCUUGUUAAAACCGUUUGUAAAAUAUGUCAAUAGCAAUAUAACAAAUAACAUAGAUUUCCUAAAACAUAUACCUUCACAAGUUCCAGAGUCAAGUACAUUAGUAUCAUUUGAUGUAAUUAAUUUAUAUUCUAAUAUACCGCAUACUCUUGGUUUAGAAGCUAUUGAAUAUUGGCUUCAAAAAUAUCCAGAUUCGGUUAAUGAAAGGUUUUCGCAACGGUUUAUAAAAGAAGGCAUAAAAAUAAUACUUGAAAAUAAUAACUUCAAUUUUGAUGAUAAGUACUACAACCAAUCUAAAGGGACUGCAAUGGGUACUAAAUUCGCGCCAACAUACGCUACAUUGGUAGUGGGAUUUUUAGAACAAAAACUAUAUGCAAGAAUUGGAUCAAUUUAUAAUGAUGAAUUUCUUUCUUUUAUAAAAACAUUUUGGAAAAGAUUUCUAGACGAUUGCUUUAUUUUCUGGACAAAAUUUCCCCAUGAACUUCAAAACUUUUAUACUAUUUUAAACAACUUACAUUCGGAUAUCAAGUUUACAAUGCAAACAAGCACACUCGAGUUACCAUUUCUUGAUAUAUUGAUUAUAAAAAACAAUACUGAAAUUAAUACUGAUAUAUAUUACAAAGAAACUGAUUCUAAACAAUAUCUUAAUUUUACCUCGUGUCAUAAUAAACACACAAAGAUAAAUAUUCCUUUCACUUUAGCGAAACGGAUCUGCACCAUAGUUUCGAAUGAUAAACUUAAACUAAAACGUUUAAAUGAACUUAAACAUUCCCUUAUUCAAAGAAAAUAUCCACAAUCUAUUAUAAAUACAGGUAUUAAAAAAGCACUUUCCAUCCCUAAACAUGAAUUACUUUCAAAAUCAACACAAAAAGACAAGAGUAAUAUAAUUCCAUUUAUUUCAACACAAAAUCCAAAAAAUAAAGAACUGUUUGGCGUAUUAAAAAACAACAUUGACAUUUUACAAACAGACCCGGUUAUGAAUAAAAUAAUUUCAAAUCAGAAGAUAAUAAAAUGUAAGCGACAGCCACCUAAUUUAAAACGUCUGUUAACCAAAUCUUACUUUUCAUCUCAAGAACCAAUAGUAUCCAAAUGUAAUGACCCUAGAUGCGCCCUGUGUGGUUAUAUUAUUGAAGGGAAUUCUUUUGAUUUUAAUGGCAAAAUGUUCAAAAUAAAAACUAAUAUGUCAUGUGAUAUACAAAAUGUGAUUUAUGUAUUAGUAUGCAAUGGAUGCAAACAAUAUUAUAUAGGUCAAACUGGCGAUAAACUUAGAAAUAGGCGAUCUGUCCAUGAACAACAAAUGCGAGACCCCUCAACAAGACAGAUGCCUUUAAGUAAACAUUUAGAUGAAUGUUCACAUAAUGAACCAAAAUUUAAAAUAUUUCCAUUUUAUAAGCUAUUUUCGAACAAUAUUUCAGCUAGGUUAGCAAAAGAACAACAUUUUAUACAUGUAUUUAAACCCAAAUUAAAUUUCAUUUAAUAUUUAUUGACGUUAUGACGUCAUAAUUGAUAUGACGUUAUCUCCAUGACAUUUUGACGUUGUAAUAUAUUGUAUUAUGCCCUGAUGAGCUAUGCGAAACGCGUUGGCUAAAUCAAUAUAUAUUUAAAAUCCCAGACACGUGUUUUCACUUUUAUUAUAUAAUAUUCACAAUCUGGAUUAUUACAUUUUACUUAUAUAACUAUAUAUAACGGAUUGUGCAGCGUGUUCAUGGGACCGAAGAGAGCAAAACUUGAAGAAUUGUCUGAUUCGUCGGAUUGCUCGAAAUCAAACUCGAAUGAGGAAGUCAUGGAGGAGGAUAAUAGUUGUUUCUUAAAAUCAAUAGACGAUAAACUGUCGCUGAUAUUGACCGCAAUUAACGAUUUGAGCGCGGCAAUUGCAAAAAAUAAUAAUACUGCCAUUAGGAAAGAUGACAUUGUCGCUGACAUAAAAUCAGCUGUACAUGAAAUUUCUCAAAAUAUACCGAAGACCGAAAUAUCCGUGAACCACGAAAAUAACGAGGAAAACAAUAACAUAUUUGAAAGAGAAGCACUAAAAAUAAAAAUGGAAAUAUCAAAUAUAUGGCACAACAAAAUGGAAAUACGAAAAAGUACGUACUGGUCCAUGAUAAAAAAUAAAGGCCAUUUUGAAAAAUAUUCUAAAUGGUUAACAUCAACUCCAAUGGUAAUACCAAAACAUUUACAGAAAAAAGAAAUACCGAAUGAAAAUAUCGAUCAGAAAUCAGUUAGAGAAAGGGCCGUAUUGAAUGACUUCAAUAUCCAAACAGAAUUGCAGUCAUUACGUGCUUCUUCAAACUGUGAGAAAUUCAAGCGCAUCGACGAAGAAAUAUUCAAAUUGAUACAUUCAAAAUGCAACGGAAGAACAGCACGGACACUGGUAGAACUUUGGAAAACGGAAACACAACGAAAUGAAGAAAUUUCACAUAAAAGAUGGGGAAACAAUGAAAAAUGGCUUUCAAAAUACGAAGAAGAAUUCAUAAAGGAACAUGAAAAUAAAAAUCCAUUUUUUAAAAAACAAGACUUCGUAAACAAAAAUCAACCCUCUUCAUAUGCGGAUGCUGUCCGAAAAAAUACCACCAACUACCAAAAUCUGAAAACAACAUACAACUACAACAGUCAAGAAAGACACACCAAUAAACAACAUUCGCAAAGAAGAAAUCUGCAACAAAAUCAAACAAGCUGUUUACAAAAUAUAGACGUGGAAAGUAUUGUAAGAGAAGUUCUUUUAAAAAUUAAUAAUACCAACAUCGAAUUACAUAACAAUUUCCAAAGAAACAAUUCCACUUCAAACAGAAGCAAUAUAAGAGAUAACACAAGGUCUUCAUACAGAAGAAACUAUAGAAACAACAACAAUACGAGCGACGACAUAUUGCAAGAUAACGACGACAAACCAAGCGAAUUUAACGUUGAUUUUUUAGAAGGAGGCAGGGAGUGGAGCAGUCCGACAUAGAAACUUUAGGUAACCUAGCUGAAAAUUCAAAAUUAUUUACCAAAAUUUACAAUUUUUCAAAAAGAUCAUUAUCUCAAACUGAAAUUGACGUCUUAUUGAGGGGUUUUAAAUUUACACCAACACCUAAAUAUAAAAAUGAUUCUUAUGAUCAAAUAAAAGAUGUGGAUGAUUUUCAUAGAUCACUUAGGCUUAAAGAGUUUUUUAAUAAUAGUGAUCAUAAUAAUACAAACAAUUCUAUUGUAAAAAAUCAAACGUCAUUUUAUCCACCUAAACAUAGAAAUAAUACACUAGACCAUUAUAUAAAUGUUACUCGAACACUUUGCCUUCAACAUUCUCAAAUGGAAAAUGACACUAAACAUAACAUAUCAUUAAAAGAAAGAAAAGCUAUAGAUUUAUUAGCAGAAGACAAAUCCAUAACUAUUAAAGAAGCAGAUAAGGGUGGCGGAAUUGUUAUAAUGAAUACAGACUUUUAUAGAAGAAAAUUAUUAGCAAUGUUAAAUGACGUUGAAUAUUAUAAACAAAUCCCUGAUAAUGGUAGUCAAAUAACACUUUCAAAAAUACGCAAUUUACUAAAGGAAAAUAAUAAACUAACUCAACAGGAAAAUGAUUUCUUAGUAAAAUUCGAAUGGAAAACAAGCCUAUUUUAUGGUCUUCCAAAAAUUCAUAAAAGUAAAAUCAUUCAGGAUGCAAUUAAACAUAGCAAUUCAGAAUAUAUAGAGUUAAUGGAUCCAGACGAUUUAAACUUUCGCCCAAUAGUCGCUGGAACUAUCUGUGAAACAAGUCGUUUAAGUUCUUUAUUGGAUAUCUUGUUAAAACCGUUUGUAAAAUAUGUCAAUAGCAAUAUAACAAAUAACAUAGAUUUCCUAAAACAUAUACCUUCACAAGUUCCAGAGUCAAGUACAUUAGUAUCAUUUGAUGUAAUUAAUUUAUAUUCUAAUAUACCGCAUACUCUUGGUUUAGAAGCUAUUGAAUAUUGGCUUCAAAAAUAUCCAGAUUCGGUUAAUGAAAGGUUUUCGCAACGGUUUAUAAAAGAAGGCAUAAAAAUAAUACUUGAAAAUAAUAACUUCAAUUUUGAUGAUAAGUACUACAACCAAUCUAAAGGGACUGCAAUGGGUACUAAAUUCGCGCCAACAUACGCUACAUUGGUAGUGGGAUUUUUAGAACAAAAACUAUAUGCAAGAAUUGGAUCAAUUUAUAAUGAUGAAUUUCUUUCUUUUAUAAAAACAUUUUGGAAAAGAUUUCUAGACGAUUGCUUUAUUUUCUGGACAAAAUUUCCCCA